CGGAGUACAGCAUAAGAAAGGAUGGGCAGGAACUGCAGCAUCAGGAAUGAUGUUACCCCUCAGGGUGAACCUCCUGGUGGUCGGGUGGAAACGUUCACUUCAGAGGUCAGGUUAAUCUCUACUACCCAGCCAGCUCUGGAAAUUGAAGAUGCUCUGGCUUCCAUUGUUUCCCUGCAUCCCUCUCCCUAUAAUGUCUUAAAAUUUCAUUGCGCCUGAGUUUUAGUGCCUAGUGUAGCAGCUACCUUCUGCAGGAAAAGCCAAGACAGUGACACUGUCUCUUCAGGCUCCCAUUUUCCAAUUGACAGAAAGGGCAAAACAGAACUGACCUUGUCGGCUGCACUUUAUAGCACCUGCACCAAAAAAAGGGGGCCAGGGUUGGAGAAGCCCUUGACUUGAAGCCCACCUCUACUGGUUCCUGGGGCUCAGUCACGUUGGCCAUUUUUUGCCCACUAUCCAAGGUUCUUCCUCGAUGUGGAAAGUUGAGAGAAGGGAUAAUUUCUUUUCUCUUCUUUCACCCCACCCUCACUUCUCCUGCUUGCUACCCCUGACCCUUACCUAAUGGUCAUUCAUAGUUAUAGUUGUCUGGGUGAUGUCUGGCCACUCAGUCCCCGAGGCCCUGCGGUGAGCCAGCUCUGCAGACUGCCUGCAGUUAGGAUAGUGCCAAUUCAAGCCUGACUCAAUAGCCACUGUGCCAGCUGAGUGACCCAGCUUCUGACGUCUCUCCCUAGGCAUUCUCCCUCCAUUCCUAUCUUUCUGUGUGUCCUUUUAUCUCUGCCUAUGUGUUUCUCUCUCUCAGCUAGAACAGAAGAGAGCAGGAUGCCCCUAAAGCAAGAUCAGAGCACCAUUUAAAGGGCCUGAGAGCAGCAAAAUUCUUGGACCAUAAUCUGAACAUUCCCUCUUUCUCACACAUAUUAACAUGACUACCUUCUAUAAGAAAAAGGGGACAUGCUGUUGAGAAUGUCUCUCUAAGGCUCCUAGAGGGCAUGCCUUGCUUCCAAAUGAUCCCUGAGUCCAUCUCUUCUUGAGGGGAGGCAGGUAGGGAAAGCCCUUUACCCCAGUCCUCAAUACUGCCGUCCUCCACUCAGUGCCAUGGUUAAUGUGCAGAUUGGCUGUCAUCCAUACAACUACUCUGGGGAGAUUGGAUCUCCCUAGCCCAGAGAGACAGACCUGGACCCUGAGUCAGGUCACAAGGAACAGUAUGGAAGCCAUGGGGAAAGCUCCUGGAUCCCAACCCCUCUCCCUGUGCUGCCCACCCUCAAUAAUAAAAAUGUUUAGGACUUGUGAAGUAACUUCAGAAAAGCUUCCAUAGCCACUAUUCUAUUUGGUUUUCACAAGCAGCUUGUGAAGUUAGCAAGGGAGGCUUUAUUAUAUAAGGACAUUUAGACAGGCUGUAAAGUGACUUGCUCCAAAGUCAUAAAGCUAGUAAAUAGCAGGGCUGGAACAAGAAGCUAGCUCUUCUGACCCUUAGCUCUCCAAGGCUACAAAGCAGAGCAGGUACAGCUCCCUUGGAGCUCAAUGAAGCGUUUUUCUCCAUCCUAGGCUGAUAAAGUCAGGACGUAAGGGCCUCUCUCCUCACAAGACAGGGAGCUCUGGGCCAUGGACACACACCCCUGAGACUCAGGGAAACUAUAGAUGGAACUUCAAGCCAUCCAUGCUGCCUACCAGGCAUGGCUCCAGAAGCAAAGAAGGAAUGGACAUAGACAUAGCUUCCCGUUGGGCCUCAGCCUCUUGGCCGCCCCUCUUCUUUUUGCUCCUUCUGGCUGGAAGGAGUGGCCGAGGCUGCCCAGCAGCAUGUGACUGUGCCUCCCAACCCCAAGCAGUGAUCUGUGCUAGCCGGCUGCUGGAGGCAGUACCUGGAGGGAUCCCACCAGACACUGAGCUCCUGGACUUGAGUAGGAACCGCCUAUGGGGCCUCCAAAGGGGAAUGCUCUCCCGCCUGGAACCACUCCUUGAGUUGGAUCUCAGUCACAACCAGCUUUCCACUCUAGAACCUGGGGCCUUCCAGGGUCUGCGGAACCUCCUCACUCUGAGGCUUCGGGGUAACAGGCUCCGAAUUGUGGCCCCUGGGGUCUUCUCUGGCCUACCCUCCCUAACCCUACUGGAUCUCAGCCUCAACCAGAUAGUCCUCUUCCUGGACGGUGCCUUUGGAGAGCUGGGCAGCCUUCAGCAGUUGGAAGUGGGGGACAACCACCUGGUGUUUGUGGCACCAGGGGCCUUUGUGGGACUGGCAAAGCUAAGCACCCUUACCCUAGAACGAUGCAACUUAAGCACUGUGCCUGGGCCUGCCCUGGCCCGACUCUCAGGGCUGACAGGGCUGAGGCUACGUGAGUUGGACAUUGGUCGGCUGCCUCCUGGGGCCCUGAGAGGACUGGGGCAGUUACGGGAGCUAGAGAUCCACCAGUGGCCAUCUCUGAGGGCCCUGGAGCCUGGAAGCCUGACUGGCCUCAAUCUCAGCCAUCUAGCCAUCACCCACUGCAACCUGAGUUCCGUUCCCUUCCAAGCCCUGGGCCAUCUGAGCUUCCUCAGGGUCCUGGACUUGUCUCAGAACCCCAUCUCAAGUAUCCCAGCCCGGAAACUGAGUUUUUUGGUACGGCUCCAGGAGCUCCACCUCUCAGGGGCCCACCUUGCCUCUAUUGCUGCCCACGCUUUCCAUGGUUUGGCGGCCUUCUGCCUCCUGGACGUGGCCAACAAUGCCCUUCAGACUCUGGAAGAAGCUGCCUUCCCCUCCCCAAGCAAUCUGGUCACCCUGCGACUGGCUGGCAACCCCCUGAUCUGUGACUGCCGUCUGCUGUGGCUACUCCGGCUUCGCCACCGCCUAGACUUUGGCAAAUCCCCCCCAGCCUGUGCCAGUCCGCUCCCCGUCAGGGGAAAGAACCUACGGGACUUCUCAGACAUCCUGCCCCCAGGACACUUCACUUGCAGAGCAGCCCUGAUUCAGAGGUCUGGGCCACGAAGAGUCAGUGCAGAGGAGGGGCAGCAGGCUGUCUUCUCCUGCUCAGGGGAUGGAGACCCAGCUCCUACCAUUUCAUGGCAAGGGCCCCAGGGGAUUUGGCUGGGUAGAACUGGACGAGUGAGAGUCCUCGAGGACGGGACCCUGGAGAUCCGGUCAGUACAGCUUCGAGACAGGGGUGCUUAUGUUUGUGUGCUCAGCAAUGUAGCCGGGAAUGACUCGCUGAGCACCUGGUUGGAGGUGAUCCAGACUGAGUCGCCAAAUGGGACCCUUUCUGAUACCAAUGCCACCACUCUGGGAACCCCAGGACCCUUCUUCCUGGAUAGCAGGGGCCUGGUUGUAGUGUUAGUUGUUGGCUUCCUCCCCUUCCUCACCUCUGUAACCCUCUGCUUUGGCCUCAUUGCACUAUGGAGCAAAAGCAAGGGACGGGUCAAACAUCACACAACCUUUGACUUUGUGCCUCCUCGGGCUUCAGGGGAGCGGGGUGCUGGGGGCAACCGAGUCACUGCCAAACUCUUCUGAUCUCCCUUUCCAUUCCCCCCCUGAGAGGCCAGACAAGCCAGUUUUAGUUGGAAAAAAAGGCUAAUUGGGCCAGUGCCUUUCCCCAAAGGAUGUUCUGGAGAAUCAGGACCCAAGUGUCCCCAGCAUGCCCCUGCCUUCCUUGUGUCAGCUAACGGUAUCUCCUGAGCCUACCAUCAGCCUCUCUCUAUGGACAUUUCCAAUCUGGAAAUGACAGCCAACUUCUACUGAUUCUCCCCUUCCUCUGAGGGUUCUAGAGUGCUGGAGGUUUAUGGGAUGUCAUCCUCUCUUGACAGUGGAGUACAAAGCUAUCAGCCCUUACCUCCCACCAGAAGACAAGCAGGCAAUAGACCCAUUGCCUACCUUAAUCACUAGCAUCACAUCUUUUCCUCACUUUACUUAACUAUCAAAACCAAUCACCAGAGCCACUGACAGGGCCAUUGCAGAGACGGGUCUGGGACGUUACCACUUGCUUCUCUGCCUCUUUUCCCCACAAGGUACAGACUGGACAGAGGCAGACACCUCUCUAUUGCACCCAGCCUCACCCAAGGGCCCAGAGCUAGAAAGAGAACAGCUCUUCAUGGUCUCUGGGAUGGAGGGAAAGGAGGAAAUGAGUAAGAACAUACUCAGGCACCAUGUCUGCCUGACCAUUAAACCUGCUGCCAAAAGGCUGCAAUCGGUGAAAA